AUGUCUCUUUCUUCAUUUAUCGAGCCAACAUGUCCAUUUCUUCUCUUCAGCGGGAAUGCGCGGCCGAAGAUGACACUCUCCAACUUUCUCAAGAUAAUGGCUUUGGCACUACUAGAGCCUGUGCUUGACCAAAGUUUCUAUUACAUGGGGACCAAGAACACGAAUGCAAGCUUCGCAUCUGCCCUUUACAACAUACUUCCUGCUGUGACCUUUGUUAAUGCCAUUCUUCUCAGAAUGGAGAAGAUAGAUAUCAAGAAACGGCAUAGCCAAGCCAAGAUCGUCGGGACUCUGGUGACUCUGGUUGGUGCAUUGCUCAUGAUUCUAUACAAAGGACAGGUGGUAGAAUUUAUUUGGACAAAGGGACGCAACCACCACAACAAUAACACUGGCAGCCAAGAUGAUAGCCACUGGCUUGAAGGCGUGUUCAUGCUAUUAUUUAGCUGCUUCUGUUGGUCUGCUUUCUUUUUACUACAAUCACAUACACUGAAGUCCUAUCCAGCAGAGCUUUCCUUGACCACCUGGAUAUGCUUCAUGGGUGCGGUGCAAAGUGGUGCAGUUGCUCUCGUAAUGGAGCAUGAAGCCAAGCCAUGGUUGAUAGGAUUUGACUUGAGACUCCUAACGGCCGCUUACUCCGGAAUAAUGUGCUCUGGUAUCACAUACUAUAUUCAAGGAAAAGUGAUGAAGGAAAGGGGCCCUGUCUUCGUGACUGCAUUUAACCCUCUAUGCAUGAUAAUAGUAGCUAUAAUGGGCUCCAUCAUUUUAGCAGAGGAGAUCACUUUGGGAAGGGUGGUUGGAGCAACUAUCAUAGUUAUUGGUCUCUACUCUCUGAUGUGGGGUAAGAGCAAGGAUCAUUUGACCCAAUCCUCAGAUGAUGAUGAGAAGAAAGGGGCAUUCGAGCUACCGAUUUCUGCGACUGAUGCGAUGAAAUCUAAUUCUGCUGACCAUGCCACUGUUGCAGAGAUUCCGUCCGCAAAUAGUCCUUGA